AUGACAGCUUCUAACAAUACAAAAAUGGAUAAUACUACUAAUAAAGUCAACAGGGAUUUAUUUUUCAAGUUGGCUUCUGAUUUAGAAAAGGAAAGAGUGGAAAGUGCUAUCUCUAUAAUUAAACAAUUAAAUCUUCUCAAAGAAGACAGCGCUAGUCUGUUUACUAGUGAAUAUUCAUAUGUUUUAGAUAGAUUGACCAAGGGUUUGGCAUCUAAUAGAAGCGGUGCCAGAUUAGGGUAUUCUUUAUGCUUGACAGAGGUUAUUAAUCUAGGAUUAGAAACUAGGGAACUGUCCAGUAUUGAUGAAUAUAUUGAUAAUAUUUUAUUUAAAACUUUAAGUGGCAACAGUACUAAUAAAGAAGAAAGACAAAAUUUGUUUGGUUUAUUAUUUGGUCUACAAUGUCUUCUUAAUGAGCCGUUAUUUUCUAAAAUCUUUUUUAUUCCUAGUAACGGUGACAGCAAAGCCAUUAAUAUGCAGUUUAGUAUUGCUUUUGUUAAUCAUUUAAUCCAUAUUUCCUUAGGGAAAACUUGGAUUUCUGAACCUUGUCUAUUUACGGUUUACAAUUUUAUCACCAAACUGACUCCACUUAUUGUUGAUAUAUCACACAUUGAAGAAAUUUUGAGCGCUUUAGAUGAGAAUUCGUUGACGCUAACUAAAGAAGGCUUGGCGGUUUAUCUAUGGUUUAUUUACGAAUGUCCCACUACAAGUAUACUUAUAAAAAACAACGACGGAUUAAAGCACAUAACUUUUAAGAAUAAAAAUAAUACCAACAAUUUAAAGUGGAAAAAUAAUGACCCUUUGUCACACGGGAAUUUGAAAACUUUAGCUUUAGUAAUGAAGGAAGCGCUAAAUAAUACCACUGUUGAUGGAAACAGUAGUACUUCUAAACCGAAGGGGUUCUGGUCUCCUCGUUUACAUUUUGUUUGGGGCCAUUUACUAAAAGUUUUAUCUAGCAAUGCAUCAAAUGAUGAUGGAAAGCGUGCUCAUAAAAAGAGAAAAAUUGCUAAGGGCUCGUCAAAGAAACAAAAGUCCAACUCUGCCAGCAAUAGUAUGGGGAUAAUCCAAAUUUCUGAUUUUUGGAAACCUGUUGUUGAUGAAAUUUUUUUUGCUGAAAAGGCUUCUAAUGAACGAAAAUAUAUUGGACUCUUAAUUUUUAAAAAAAGUUUAGAAAUUUUGCCAGCUGAUUCAAUUCCAGUUUUAUUUUCCAACAAUUUAAUACGCACCAUUAUUAAUCAAUCUUCUGAUAAGGAAAGAAUGUUGUAUAAACUGUGUCACUCUGUUUUUGAUGACAUCAUCAAAAUUCUUCGUUUAAAUGGAAAUUGUAGCAAAAUUAUUCCAAUCUUAGAAAAUUUGUGGUUUACUCGUGGACUUGUUAACUUUGACCAGCUAACUAAAUCGAAUUUUACAAGCAGCCUAUUGAAUAAUAAACAAUUAGAUAAUGAUAACUUGUGUUGUUUAACUCAAAUGAUUUUAAAAAAUAUUAUGAAUAAUUCUGCUAAUGAAGAAAGUGAUGCGGAUAAAGGUAAAAUGGUUAACUUUGCGUUAGAUUGUUUAUUACAUAUUGUUCGUUCCCAUAGAUCCAAAGCUUUAAGUAUUGAUGGUGGUGGUAUUGAAUGGGUAAAGCUAAUUUUAGAAAAACUUGUGGAUGUAGCAUUUUUUAAGGCCGAUAAUGAAAAUGAGAAAAGCACCAAGAACAUUAGAGAUCAAGAACAUGAAAUUAGUACAGAUGCUGAGAGUUCCAUUAAUUAUAAAGCUUUACAAAAAUUAUAUUCUGUUUUAGGAGAUUUGAUUUCAACGAAUAAUGUUUCUAGUGGUUAUGAUACCAAAAAUCAAGAUAAUUUACAGUGGCCCUAUUUUGUUUUACAACUAACUGUCACCAAAGAAGAAGAUGGAAACAAACCAUUAGUAUAUAAGCCAGAUGAGUCGCUAAUUAAUAUCAAGUUAAACUCAUUGUCUGUUUUAACUGAAAUAAAAGAGUUACUGAACGCUGAUAUUAGUACCGAGACUAAUGUACAAAGGGGAGUUUUCCAAGGUUUGGAGUUGUUGUUGACUAUUAAUUUGCUACAAUUAUAUUCUGGCGACACUGAAUCUUUAUCUAUUUUGGAUGAUCUAACUACUUUUUUUGCAGAAUAUACCCAUGACACACAGGAAGAUAUUUCUUUUGUGGGUAUUACGGAAAUAUUAUUAUCUUUAUUGGCCCAACAAAAGUCUUUUUUAAAAAAAAUAAGUAUAAUUGUGUGGAGGUUGUUUAUGCCUGUCAUUAAACAAAAAGAAAUCGAUGUUUUAUUGAAUUCUUUGUCAACAAGGGAAAAUAAAAAGGGGUUUACUCUUUUAUUUGAGAGCGAUUAUGAAUUACAAGAAGAAGAAGAAGAAGAGGAAGAAGAAGAAGAAGAGGAAGAAGAAGAGGAAGAGGAAGAAGAGGAAGAGGAAGAAGAGGAAGAGGAAGAAGAGGAAGAGGAUAUUGAAAAUCAAAAUCAUGAAGAAAUCGGAAAGAUCGAUAAAGAAGCCACCAGCGCGUUAGCCAAGGCUUUGAAUCUUCCAGAAAAUAUAUUAAAUAGCAAUGGUGAAAUUAGAUUUGAUGACUUAGACGACAGUGAUGAUAAUAUUAGUGAUGAUGACGAUGAAGAUGAAGAUUUGGAUGAUGAAAAAAUGAUGGAAUUAGAUGAACACUUAUCCUCAAUUUUUAAACAUAGAAAAGAAGCCUUGGAAAAAAUUAAUACCGGUAAUCAAAGAAAAGUUGAAGUUCAAAAUGCAAGAGAAACAGUUACAUCUUUUAAACAGAAAAAUGUUGAUCUUUUAGAAGAAUAUAUUAAAUGUGUAGAACAUAGUGCUAUUAACGAUAUUGGUAUUAGUUCGCAACAUUUAAUGUUAUUAUUGUCAAUGUGCAAACCUUUUAUUCAAUGCAUCAGAAACACUUUGAGCAGACAAUUGGCCGAGAAAGUUACCAAAUUAAUCAAGACAAGAAUUUGUAAAGUUAAAAUUGGAAAUGCUGCUAAAAAAGACAGUAAAAAUUUAAUUAAAUAUAGUACUGCACUUUUAGAUGAUAUCCAUGAACUAGUAUUGAAACCCAAAAUUGGACAAUUUCCAAACCUAUAUUUAUCCGUUGCAUCUACAACAUCCCUAUUUUUGUGUAAAAUUAUCCAUACAUUAAAAACAAAUGGAGAUAAUGACAAUGAAGUAGGAUUAUUUGAUGAUAUUAUUGAUAGGUAUUCAAAUACAAUGAAAAAAUGGUCUAGCGACCCGUCUGUUAAAAUAACACAAAACUUUUUCACAGAGUACGUUAAUUGGAUAGCGGCCAAAAAAAAACAACAAACUAGCCAAGAAAAAUAG